AUGCCUCCUGAAACGACACCCUCCCCGACCAACCCCGCAAGAGAAACGUCCCAAAGGCUGAUAAACUAUAUCGAGCGGGGCUGCCUUUGCCUUUUGGAUCAGCCCAUGGAUGACUUCGUCCAUGGCAGUCACGAGCAGGUCCGGCUUUCCAGUUUUCCAGGGAACCCGCGAGCAACCUACAGGGCUUUGUUCGACUCUCUCAGAAGCAAGGCAGAGAGUAGGGCCCAGUGGUCGCACGGUUCGGCGUGGGUUUCCCUGCUAGAGUCAAGUGACGGAGAACGAAAGAAAGCGGCCAUCUUCUAUGCGCUGACGGCCAUCGCCUUCGUUAGAUGGUACGCAUCUCAAGAGCACCUCAUCGGCAGUUCGGUGGCACCCGAGGAAGCCGCCCAAGGAGUGUUGGCGAGGGCUCUUGGUCCCAAGCCCAAAGAUGACGAGAACAGCAAGGAGGGAUGGGAACGACGCCGAAAGAGGCUCGACAAGCACCUGACCCGUGGACGGAAGUGGUCGCGGCUGGUGAAGGACCUCGGCUUCGGUAUCCUGCUCAAGGAUGCGUGGCAACUCGCCAACUCCCCAGAGGUGACAUUGGAAACACUGGUCAGAGGGCUGCUAGGCAGCCCGGAGAAGAUGGCCGUCUUGCGGCUCCUGGAGGCCCAGGUGGCAUUGCUCUUGGAGACAGGCAGGACGAGCCCAGACAAGUUCCGCCAUGACGUAAGGAGCGCAAGCCUGUCGUCCCCAAGCCCAGCGCUGUCUGCCGCAUGUGUCGAGCUUGGCACCUUGUCUGAGCAGAUCCGAGACUCCAUCACUGGCAACAUGCUCCUUGUCGAGGGCACUGACUUUCUUUUCGGCGUGGACUCGCUCCGAAGGCUGAGUGGGAGGACGUGGCUUAAUGAUGAGGUCAUACUCGCUUGCCUACACCUAUCUGAUAAACUUGCGUUUGUCCGCGUCGGCUUCUCUGUUUCAAUCCAUCAGCAGAUGCAGGCCCACAGCUUGAUGCAGCGCCCGUUCGAGAGGGUUGUGGAGCAGAUGGCGAAAUGGCAUCGCCAGGUGGAGGCAGGAACCCGCCUGGUCUGCUUCUUUCCUCUCUUCCAGAGCCAGAGCCACUUUAGCCUCCUCGAAAUCAACGAGAGGGAAGAGUCUAUCUUCCACUAUGACUCGAUGGGCGAAACAGAAGACAGUGAUAUCAAGGUUCGCAGAGAGAUAUGUGAGAAAGAGCUCCCUCGUCUUCGAUACAUCGAGAAGGUGGGUGCCCUGCAUGUCAGUAUUUUGGAAAUUUAA